CAGGCUACUUAUCAGCAGCCUCAGGCUAUUCACAUCAGCAUCAUUCACCAAUGGUCGAUCACUCAAAAACGAGAAAUGCUGAGACAAUGGACUUGACGGGCUACCGUUGGUAGGCAUACUGGAGGCGUGAGCGCCACUGAGGGACGGUGGAGGUGUGUUCUCACUGGCAAACCAUGACGAUAUGCUCAAUGCUCAUACUGCCACUGAAACGUGAAUGACAGGGGACUUCAAGUUGCAGGGAAGCUCGUCCGCAUCAUCAAGUCGCGACGAUGGUCGCAUAACGCCUUCAAUGUACAGAUCAUGGCGCCAACAUAAUCUCCCGCUCGCCAGGUUGCCAGCUGAGUACUGCUCAACAGAUGUACCAUCCGAGUCCGGCAGAAGACACAGGAGGAGCUGGAGGAGGCCGCAGAGAAGAUCAGGAAAGCGGCGCAGAGUGGUAUUACGAAGCAGAUGACGUGGAAGCCGUCCUGCAAGUCUAAUUCCGCCAAGUGGACGUACGACGGGAUUUGCCCCGACCCUGCGGUUUUCGGAGUGCUCAUGGGUCUAGACGGCCCACCGAAGUUCAAGCAGAAGAAGUUCGCCAAGGACGAAUUCCAGGACCUCAUCGGGCAGUGUGAGGGUCAUGCCAGGUACAAUGAUCUCUAUAUCUCGGGCGAGCAUGUUAACGUCCGCUGGUCCGACACCGGCGAAGUCAAAUUCAGCGGGACGUACGGAAUCUCCUAAAUGUCCAGAGCAAGGCUGAAGACCCGAUGGCGGAGGGGUCCCAUCCCACAGUGCUAAUCAUAUCGUAACAUCGGUGUAAAUCCACAAUAUUUCAGCUAAAUCAUACGGCGAGCGAUCCCAACGUGUGAU